UCACAGUUACAAAGCAUGCUAUUCAUUUUCUUAAAGCUGUUCCAUGUUUCCAAUCCUGCGCGACAAUGUUGGUCGCCUUCUUCCUCGUUUCCUCCUUCACAAAUCUUUUCACCUCUCUCGUUCUGUCCAAUGGAAGCUUCGGGACGAAUGCAAGCUUCCUCCGACCGAAUUGGUCGACCGAAUCUGUCGCCUCCUCGUUCUCCACCGUUUCCACGCUCUCCAGCAACUGUCCUUCCACUUUUCCGAUCAGCUCAUGGACUCUGUUCUCCGAAGGCUCAAACUUAACCCCAUUGCGUGUUUGAAAUUCUUUGAAAUCGCUUGCAAGCAGCAGAGUUACAGACCCGAUGUCAAGUCUUACUGCAAGAUUAUUCACAUACUGGCUAGAGCUCGAAUGUACGACGAGACAAGGGUGUUCUUGAGCGAACUGGUGAUGAGUCCUUGUAAGAAUAAUUUUGUUUGGGAUGAGAUUGUUGCGGUUUAUCGUGAGUUCUCGUUUUCUCCAACUGUCUUUGAUAUGAUUUUGAAGAUGUAUGCGGAGAAGGGCAUGACAAACUAUGCCUUACAUGUGCUCGAUAAUAUGGGCAAGUGGGGUCGUAUCCCCAGUUUGAGGUCCUGCAAUUGCUUGUUGAGUAAGUUGGUUAAGAAUGGUGAGUGUAGCACGGCGUUACUCGUUUUUGAUCAGAUUAUGAGGUUGAAUAUUGUGCCUGAUGUUUAUAUGUGUACAAUUAUGGUGAAUGCUUAUUGUGAGGAAGGCAGAGUGGCGAGAGCUUUAAGUUUUAUGGAAGAGAUGGAGAGGAAGAUGGGAUUUGAACCAAACGUUGUGACUUACAACGGUUUGAUUCAUGGGCAUGUAAACCAGGGAGACAUAGAAGGGGCAGAAAAAGUAUUGAGUUUGAUGUCUAAAAGGGGCAUUCAAAGAAAUGUGGUUUCUCUUACCUUGUUGAUAAAAGGUUACUGUAACAAAUCCAUGAUGAAUGAAGCAGAGAAUGUGCUUCAAGACAUAGAGGAGGAUGACUUACUUGUAGUGGAUGAACGUGUGUAUGGCGUACUAGUGGAUGGGUAUUGUGAAAUGGGCAAAAUGGAUGACGCCAUUAAGAUCCGAGAUAAGAUGUUAGAAAAAGGCUUGAAAAUGAAUAUAUUUAUUUGCAACUCUUUGAUCAAGGGGUACUGCAAGCACGGUCAAGUUUUCAAAGCUGAGGAAAUCUUUAGGCAAAUACUGGAUUGGAAUCUAAGGCGAGAUUCUUAUAGCUAUAACACAUUACUAGACGGAUUUUGCAGGGAAGGACAUAUAAGCAAGGCUUUUAUGCUUUAUGAGGAGAUGUUGAGAGAAGGCAUUGAUCCACCAGUUGUCACUUACAAUAUUAUUCUGAAGGGGUUAAGUCGUGCUGGUUCUUAUGAUGAUGCUUUGUGCCUUUGGCAUUCAAUGCUCCAAAGGGGUGUAACUCCAAAUGAGGUCAGUUAUUGUACUCUGCUUCAUUGCUUCUUUGAAAUGGGAGACUCAGAUAGGGCUAUGAUGCUAUGGAAAGACAUCUUAGGAAGGGGAUUUGCCAAGAGCAAAGUUGGUUUCAAUACAGUGAUCAGUGGAUUAUGUAAGAUGGGUAAAGUGGUGGAAGCAGAGGCAGUUUUUGACAGGAUGAAGGAGCUUGGAUGUUCACCAGAUGAAAUGACAUAUAGGACUCUGAGUGAUGGGUAUUGUAAGAUUGGUAAUGUUAUAGAAGCUUUUAAAAUUAAGGAUGUGAUGGAAAGACAAGAACUUUCUCCUUCCAUUGAAAUGUAUAAUUCUCUUCUUAAUGGACUUUUCAAGUCGAGGAGGUCAACCAAAGUCAUUGAUCUCCUUGCUGAGAUGCAGAGCAGAGGAUUAUCUCCUAAUCUUAUCACCUAUGGAACCCUUAUUGCUGGUUGGUGCAACGAAGGUAUAUUGGAUAAAGCCUUCAGUGUAUAUUUUGAGAUGAUUAAUAGGGGAUUCUCUCCCAAUUUGGUUGUCUGCAGCAAAAUUGUCAGUAGCCUUUAUAAGCUUGGUAGAAUCAAUGAAGCGACUUUCCUCCUGGACAAGAUGGUAGAUUUUGACCUUCUUACUGUUCAUAAUUGCUCUACAAAAUUUCUCAAAGCUGAUGUCAUUAGUAUAGAAACCGAGAAAAUUGCUGAUUCUCUUGAUAGAAGUUUUAUAAGCAAUCAUCUUCCCAAACCCAAUAAUGUCAUGCACAACAUAACUAUAGCAGGACUUUGCAAGUCUGGGAAGGUUGAGGGAGCAAGAAAUGUUUUAUCUGCUUGGUUACUGAGAGAUUUUCUUCCAGAUAAUUUCACAUACGGUCCCUUAAUUCAUGCCUACUCAGUUGAUGGCAAUGUGAAUGAAGCUUUCAACUUAAGAAAUGAGAUGCAGGAGAGAGGUCUUGUUCCAAAUAUUACUACGUAUAACGCAUUAAUAAAUGGGCUGUGCAAGUCAGGAAAUAUGGAUAGAGCACAGAGGCUUUUCUGGAAGCUUCCUCAAAAAGGGUUGGUUCCUAAUGUCGUUACUUAUAAAAUAAUGAUGAAUGGGUACUGCAGAACUGGUGAUUUUACUGAAGCCACUAAAUUGAGGGAAAAGAUGGUUGAAGAAGGGAUUUGUUAAUCACAUGCAUCGCCUUGAUGGGUUACUUUGGCAUAAUCUCAAGCUUUGGAUCAGGGUAUUCUGCCGGGUUUGAAAUAACCUUGUCUAACACUGAUACACAAUACUUCUAAAUGUGAAGCAAAAAUAUUAUAUUUGCAAUUAAUUGUUAUUACCUGAAGCCAAUUUUCAAUUCAUUAACUUUGUUCAAUUACAAGUCUGAUCUUUCUGACUGUCACUAUUGUGGUUUGCAUUAUCUUGAUUAUUUAAAUGGUUAUUGUUCUCAUGAUACAUAUGUUUACAUUGACUAGGUGGGGCUGAGGUUUCCUUAGGUAUAUUCAUAUCUAGUUCAACUAGGUCUCUGUAGGAGGUCAUUUACAGGGUCAAAGAUGUCUAUUAAGGUUUUAAUAAAGAAAUGCUUCUGCACUAAUUAUUAUAUUGAUCCAUUUUCAAUGACCCUAUGAGUCGUUCUUGAGUAAUACUUGUGCAAAUAUAACAAGGGACUAAAUUUGAGUAUUAACAUUCAUGCUUAACGGUUACUAAAUGAGGUUAGUUGAACUUGAGUACAAAUCUAGCCACAUGCUAGUUGUGAGAAUUGUGAUAAGAAAAAGUUUGUGCAACUAACAUUACUUGCUUUCUAUUAUGAAUUUGACAAGGAGGGAAUCUAUCUUGAAAGACUAUCUUGUUAAGGUGGGAGAGCAUUGUGGCUUAUGUUCCAUCUUUGGUCUUGAUGUUUACUUGAAAUUGAUAAGAAUCAAAGAAUAUACCGAUUAGUAACCAAUAGAUAGAAGUUUAGGAGUUGUAAUGAGAUAUGUUGAUCAUUUGGAAGGGAGAUACACUUGAGUAUUGGAAUUUUUUCUUUAUAGAACGAGUGUGAUAGUUUUUUGUUUUGGUAAAUUUUCAGGUUAUAUCAUUUGGUUCUUUUAUCCAUCCUUCCAUUGCGCUAAUGGCAGAGGAGUCUCAAUCAUAAUGUUCAUCAGGAAGAAAAUGUUAAAGUGCUUCAUGAAGACUAUACAGAAUUGAAGAAGGGCACUUCCUUGCCAGGAAACAACAGAUCAAAGAUUAACAAUGACUGGAACUUCCAUACAGAAUUUGUCUGCUGCUGCAACUGCUUAAAAAAUGGUACCUCAAUUUCAUCUGUGCCUGCUCAAAUAUGUAGGAAGCAUGAUUUUUCAACAAGUGCAGACGUUGUAUUUGAAUAGUUCAUAUCGUUCCAGCAAUAAAUGUACAAAAAGAAUGUAUUUAAGAAUGAGGAGAUUCAUGAAGAUUUGGGAAGACAUGGUUGCUGCUGUUUUGCAAGACUUGUCAACGAACAUUUUGACUCAACAGCUUAAGCUAAUUUGUGAUGAUCGCAAGGGGUUUUCAUUAAUAUCUCUAGUGUGCUCCCUCAAGCAGAAGCCCUUUGAGCUUGAAAUGUGGACAAUGCACUGGCUCACCAUGCCUCGACUGAAACUUAAUUUUAAUUAACGAGGGAGGCAAAAAGAUCAAACUUUGACUAUUGGCUCAGAGAGGUUUUAUUCCAUGUCAAGGACCAUUUAAACUUACAAGGGCAACUACGUCUACUUUCACAACUUCAGUACCAAGCUACAAAGGCUAUUUUUGUUAUUAGUGGACUGAAUAUUGUUUUGGUCUUUUUCUCUUGGCAGCACCCUUCAUGUCUCUCUUGUCACCAUCAAAGAUGAGCCCAGUCUAUUCUCCAAGUUGGCAAGAUAGUAGAUUAGACUUUUCAGUUUUCAAAAACUGUGCAUCAUUAGCUGCACACAAGUCUAUAAUGUAAAAAUCAUAUCAAUUACGUUUUUAGACUCUUUUUGACUUGUUUGUAAUCACACGGUCUUGACCUUGGCCAUAUCAAUUCAAAAAGAAAGCCAUAUCCAUUAUUACAGAGAUGUUUGUAGAUUAUAAACACCUUAGUUGAUAUUGUCACAUCUGUGUGCAACGUCUGUUCCUCAACUUCAGAGAGAUUUGGCUAUAAUUUUGUCCUACAUGCAGGUCAAGCUCUUGGAUUCAGUAAAGACUCAGUCCAAAUUCUUCUUGCUUGCAGUCAGCAGAGGCAUUUUUUUUUUUUUUAAUGUUUUAUGCUGUAAUUUGACUUCACCGUUCUGCAAUUUAAGUUGGAAGAUGUACGACUUUCAACCCAAUGAAGGCAUUUAACAACUGUUGACAUUAUGAAGUUCUUCUUGACAGAUGGAUUUACAGUGUUGCAUCAUGUGCACUAGAUCAAGAAUUUUGGAAUUUGGAUUCCUCUACUAGAUCAAGUGAUGAUCCACUGCUAGGGAGUGUAUAUGAGACCCACUUGAUCUCUUUCUAUCGACUCAAUUCUCUCUCUCUCUCAGUUAAUAGAUUAUAAAAGAAUCCUCCACCGCAGCUAUUGCAUGUGGACUUGACAAGAAAACUACCACCAAUCUUUGAUGAGAAUAAUGUUCAGAUCUACAACAGUUGAGGUAUAUUCUUUGUCUUUGACUUCUGUUUCUGCGGAUAUAGAACUUAAAUUCAACAUUGUAGACAGGGUGGUUGUUAGAGGCAACGUGUAGCUGUUGUUUCAGGACGAGGAAUUGCGAGAGAAUGUUAUGUUUGGUACAUUAGGUUUGAAUGGAAAUAAAAUAGAAAAAAGAUGGAUUAUGACUAUGAUUCUUGUAUCUUUAGAAAAAACAGAUUACUGAUAAAUGAUAAUAGGAUCUGUUAUACUGUUUUA